CGUUCACAGCAGGAUCCCAUAAAUAAUGUGUUUAUCAAAGACCUAAGAGGUAGUGGGCCCACAUGCGUAUGGCAUCUUAUCACUGUGCUGUAUCCCAAUGCUUUAUGUCUCUCUGAAAGUAAUAAAGGAUUGACUCUAUAAUGACUUAUAAUGAUUAAACAACCUCCUUACUGCCACAUCUUACCAGUAAGGGAAACGCCUCCAUAAGGUAGGACACGACUGGCAGUUAAGCAAAUAUGGUUUCGGUUUCUAAUGAACAGCACAAGCUGGCAGACAGUAUCACAGCCUACACAGACAGAGCGGACGCGUGUCAUAAUUUAGAUCACUUUAGAAAACAUAUUUGUGGAGGAGGAUAAUAGGAGAGCCUGAACUAAAGCGGACAGAACCUUUCGCUGUCAAACACAAUCUCAACAGAGAUGGAGUUCCGGGAGAAGCUACUAAAGGUGGACCAGGUCCUGAACAGCGAUGACACAAAAGCUUUGGCCUUUCUCUGCAAAGAUAUCCUGAAAUGUGAUAUAAGCUCAGUGAAGUCCCCCAUUGACCUCUUCAAUCUUCUGGAGGAAAAAGACGUCCUCUCUGAGGAUCAGCCAUACCUACUCGCCGAUCUACUACGUGUCAUCGGAUACUUUCAGUUACUGCGUGAGCUUGAUCUCAAUAGUACGAUGUCUACUACAGUAAACCCUAUCACCCCUUACAGGAAGCUGCUUUAUGAACUUUCGAAAGACAUCGGCCAAAAAGAAUUGAAAAAAAUCAAAUUUCUUUUGACCAAGGACCUCAAACGUUCAGCACUGGAGCCGAAUGUUUCUACACUUGAAGUCUUCUUAGAAAUGGAGCGCAUGGACCUUCUGAGCAGCUCUAACCUCCUCCGGCUGGAGCAGAUACUAAAAGAUGUCCGUCCAGUGUUGUGGAAACAAAUCCUACAGUUUAAGGACUCACCAGGAAAAAUAGCCCAAGAGACGGGACUUGUUGACCACCGACCAAGGUCCUCAUCGGAUGCUUCUCGCCGUGGAAAGGUACAGCAGCAGAUGAUGAUCCCGAUUGACGACAUUACAGUUUUCCAGCGGCGGCCUAAAUUUUAUAUCAUAAAGUAUGACUCAGUCCCUGAUAAGCCCAUUUACGUUAUCAACUAUGACACAGAUCAGAGGGAUCCCCCGCCAUACCCCAUGAAGGCUCAACAGAGAGGCAUCUGCUGGAUCGUCAACAACUCUGACUUCAGCCGUUCCCCUAGAAAAUACGAGUAUCGGGAGGGCACAGCCAUUGAUAAAGAGAGCCUGAGGCGUGUGUUCACCUGGCUGGGCUUCCAGGUGGAGGUGGUGCGGGACGCCACCAGAGAGGAGAUGCUCUCCUCCAUGCGGGAGCUGGCCAGCAGGGACCACAGUGGGAUGGACUGCGUGGCUUGCGUGGUCCUGAGCCACGGCCUGGAGGGUGGCGUGUACGGGGUGAAAGGGGAGGUGGUCUGGCUGAAGGAGCUCACAGACCUUCUGCAUGGGGUGCGGUGCCCCUCCCUGAGAGGGAAGCCCAAGCUGUUCUUCAUCCAGGCCUGCCAGGGCAACCAGAGGGAGCAGGCGGUCCCCGUCCCGGCCAACGGACCCGUCAACCCUAAGGUCCACGACCAAACUGACGGACCCAGCGGCCCCGGGGUCCACGCCCAGACCGACGGACCCAGCAGCCCUGGGGUCAACAUCCAGACCGACGGACCCAGCAGCCCUGGUGAUAUCUGUAGCGACGCCGUGGUCGUACCCAGCACGGCAGAUUUCCUGACCGCCAUGGCUACCACUCCCUCCCAUGUCUCUGUGAGAUUGGAGGAUAAAGGCUCCUGGUUCAUCCAGUCCUUGUGCCAGAACCUUGUGCAGUUGGUUCCAGAGGGCCAAGACUUAGUCAGUAUCCUGACGAAGGUGAACGAUGAUGUGAGCAAGAUGUUCAAACGCAUUGGCGGAUGUCGACAGAUGCCCCAACAUUCCUCCUCUCUGCGGACGCGUGUGGUCUUCCCCGUCCCUGAAGGCCCUUUCAUCCACAAAGUCACUUUCGAUGAUUUUUUAGGCGAAGAAUCAACUGUGUAGAUUUCGAACAUUAGCAGUUUUCUGGGAUGUGCUGGCGAAUCGAAAAUGUGUGCUAACGUUUUGGCGUCGAGAAGCUCCAUAAGCGCCUGGGGGGCAACUGUCAAAUGCGACCGACUGGGAACAUGCAACCACUUGCUUGUGACCUUAGAGAAUGUUCUUUGCAUUCUUGGUAAUGUUUUACCUGUACAUGUACGUAUUUAUGUGUUUGUAAGUAUGAAUGUAUGUAUGUAGGUAUGGAUGAAUGUAUGUAUGUAUGUAUGUAUGUAUGUAUGUAUGUAUGUAUGUAUGUAUGUAUGUAUGCAUGUAUGUAUAUAUGUUAUAUGUACGUCAAUUAUUGAAUCCGGAAGUAAAAUUACCAUUCAUAUUCUGCAUAGAUGUUUUUGAUUAUUAGCCAUCGUCACCAUCUUAGAUAAACUUUCCACGAGCCAAGAGAUUGUGAAAAGAUGGUAUGCUCCUGUAGAAGCCCCAAGUUAGAGAAAAGUUUCAGGGAAAAAAUGUUUUAUUCGCGAUGUCAUUGAAAAACACUACACUACCCACAAUCCUAAAAUGUAACACGACGUAUUUGAUUUUUUGGAGCUCGCUGUUAUCAUGGAAACGGUUAGCGCUGGCGCCAAAGCCAAGCCAUGGAUUACUGCUACGGCUGAACUCGACCGUUUACCACAGAGCCGCCAUGACUUCCCUUUCGGACAAUGAUGCGUUCUCUUUAGAGAUGAGGACAAGAUUGUCCAAAAGGGUUAAAAUCCCUGCACACAAGUCAGGCCAUGUACUGGAGAUAGUGUUUUUGAGGGCCAGCUUUUGGGUUCAGUAUGAAAGAGAAGACGUACAGGGUUGUGGUGGGUUUUGCAGAGAUGAGUUGUACUAAUCAUUUCUUUUUCACGCUGCAGGUAAUAUCGAAAAAAUAAAGAAAUGACAUAGCAGUGCCAUAUAGUUAUUAUCUGGGUAGGAUGAAGGCUAGGAAUUAGUGCUGUCAGUUAAACGCGUUAUUAACGGCGUUAACGCAAACCAAAUUUAACGGCGCUAAGUUUUUUAUCGCGCGAUUAACGCAAUUUUUUUAUUUAAUUAUAAAAAAAAUUGGAUCCAAACAAAGAAGCAGUAGCCUGGCUGCUAUGUUCAAGGCAGUAUGUUUGUAGGUUCAUCGUUUAAUUGCACUAUAGGCAUUUUUUUUGUAUCGUCCUGUUUUGAUCAGCAUGUGCCAAUGUUGUUAUCAAUAAAAAAACAUUUGCACAAGGCAAGCCGUUGCACUUCUCCAUGUUGAUAAGAGCAUUAAAAUGCAAAAAAAUAACGGGACAAAGAAAUCAAGGAAUAUUUAGCAUAGAAAAAAAAUUGUGAGUUAACUAAUACAUUAAUUAAAAUAUUAAAUAUUUUAAUCGCUUGACAGCACUACUAGGAAUACAUAGUGUUGAACGAAUACGUAACUUAGUUCACAUGUAUUUAAAACGAGUAACGUAAUUAACUUAUCUAACCAUCCAACGUGUCUUAGCAACCACACCCGUUGGGAAUCGGAGGCUGAUGAUUAUGACGAUGAUUAGCAGACGGAAACAUUUGUACUAUUCCCAUUGUACGUAAGUAUUACAUUAAAUAAUUCCUUUACACGCGGUUGUAGGGUAAGUGUACCUAUGAAGCCUGUGUAACUGUAUAUUGCUGGCUCUGUUGUAGGGUAAGUGUACCUAUGAAGCCUGUGUAACUGUAUAUUGCUGGCUCUGUUGUAGGGUAAGUGUACCUAUGAAGCCUGUGUAACUGUAUAUUGCUGGCUCUGUUGUAGGGUAAGUGUACCUAUGAAGCCUGUGUAGCUGUAUAUUGCUGGCUCUGUUGUAGGGUAAGUGUACCUAUGAAGCCUGUGUAACUGUAUAUUGCUGGCUCUGUUGUAGGGUAAGUGUACCUAUGAAGCCUGUGUAACUGUAUAUUGCUGGCUCUGUUGUAGGGUAAGUGUACCUAUGAAGCCUGUGUAACUGUAUAUUGCUGGCUCUGUUGUAGGGUAAGUGUACCUAUGAAGCCUGUGUAACUGUAUAUUGCUGGCUCAAAACAGGUACCCGGCCUCUGCUCCGAGUCCCAUAAAGAUAACACGCUGACGCCUUUAUCACCUAAUUUCUACAUUCGGGAACAAAGUCAGUGUGUUCACACACACAUAUAGAUGCUUACCGGUCAAAAGGUGCAAUGUAAAACACCUUUUUAGGAUAUUAGUGAAAUGAAAAACAUUUUUUAAGACAUAACUCACCGGUUCUCAAUGGUGUAUGGGAUGAGUGGUUCCAUUCCAUCACAAAAUAGGUAUUUUACAUUUGCUUUUUCUUCCUUUGUUCAAAGCUUCUCUUGAUCAGAUUGAAAUAUUU